CUCACAGACCAUUUGCUCGUACCACUCACCCUACUCGUCUCUGUCGUUCUUCGACCCUCUGCCCUCUGACGAUUCGCCUUCUACUUGUCAGUCCCGUCCCAUCGGUGUUGGGCCAUCUCGUAUGUAAACCCACCAUUGUCGCUCCGGCUCGCUCUAUUCCUCUUCUUUCCCUUCCUCUCGUUUUGCUUGAUUACAUACUCAUACUCGUCGUUGACCUGACGCGCCUAGGCACUAGCCACGAUUGAUCCCUCGGAAGAUACACAGAUAUACAAGUAGUAUAAACCGCAAUCUGAUUACGUUUUAAUUGCCUCUUCCCUGCACCAACAAGCAGCAACGAACAUACACCAUGGCCACCGCACAAGCCGAGAAACCCAAGACUCAACAGCCUCCCACUUACACUAACGACCCUGACGACUCGGAGACUGAUUACGAUUCGGAUGACUACAUCUCUGAGGAAGAGGAAGAUCAAGCACCGCAACAACAGAAGCAGACGGCCCAGCGUCGCCGGCGACCUCAAGCCCAGGGUCAGACUUACGACGAUGACGAUGACGAUGCAGAGUACUCUGAUGACUAUGCCUCGGACGAGUACGACGAUGACGACGAUUACGACGAUGAAUAUGACGAUGACGAGCAAGAAGCUGUGCAAGCGAUGGAGCGCUGGCAGCCUACUACGAUAAGCAGCAGUGACAACAAGAACCUCUCCAACGGCGCAAUGGAUCCGGCACCCUCGAACGACCAGAAGGGCGCAGAUGAGGAGGGUAUGCGCCUGAAGUUGGAACUGAACUUGGAGAUCGAGGUUGAGCUGAAGGCUCGCAUCCACGGUGAUUUGACAUUGGCUCUGCUGUAAGUGACCCCCACUCCUGCACUAUACCCCCAUACUCCCUCCUUUCUCUCGUGCUUGUCUGCUUUUCUUCUGGUUCGCCUCGAAGAGAACCUUCGAGGUAUCUUUCCUAUGAGAGAGUCUUCGGGGGUUUUCCGACCCGGCAACACUGAAAAACAACAACAACCCCACAAAAACUCCCGUUGGACUCCGCUUAAGCAACUGAAAUAGAACCUGACGGAUUGACGAUUUUUCUUUGAUGAACGCAGCGCAUGAUCCGACAUGCUCUCCACCGAUUCGAUUCUGUUGUGCUUCGAGAGCGACUGUGCCAUCCGAAUUUCUUCUCGAGAGUUUCCUCGCCAU